AUGUUUCAGACUCGCCUCGCAAUGGCCAAGGAAACUGUUAAUGCGCUCAUGAGAGCCGAUACAGAACGCGUGCGGGAAUUCGUUGAGCUGAAGGACCGCGUGCGGUUGCUUCAGCUAGAGGCAAGCUCUCAUAUGUUGAGAGCUUCCCAGGCAGAGGCACGCGUCUCAGAUUUCCGCUCCCGUCUUAGUCGGGCAAACGCCUGCAGGGAGGACAUCCGCGAUGCGCUGAAGCUGCAGCACAGUGUCAUCUGUGAGCUCCAGAGUGAAAAUGCUUGGCUAAAAUCUGAGAAGAUGAAGCAGCGCCGGCAUUUUAGGGAUGCAAUAGAGCGGAAAGACUCUGUCAUACAACGGUAUUGA